AUGAUGAAGAAUGAUUCAAACAACAAAAAGCUCCUUCCUCUUUUUCUAGCGCUCUUGGCCAUUUUUCUAUUUGACAGAGUUUUUGAAAAGUGCAAGGUUGCUGUUUAUGACAGAGAAACACCGAUCGUUUUUGUCGGAGGAGUCAAGGGCUCUGGGACAGAAUACAUUCGCGACUUACUGAACACUUCAAAAGACAUCAAUUGUCAAAAAUCAACCAUUGGUUCUCCAGCCCUCUUAUGGAUGGCAUUCAACGAACUGCGGCGAGAAAAGGAAAUGAAGCGACUUCAUCUUGCUGGAAUUUCUGAAGAGUUGAUGUUCAAAGCCACUGGCGAGGGAAUACUAGAAAUCGUCUUUGGAACAAGGCAGGCGAAGAUUCCUUUCGCAAAUGCCCUCAUCAACGACCGGGAAAACAUCUACCAAACCGACGCAAAUCCGCCUGUUUUAAAACUCUCCCGCUUCCGAGACGGCCUGGUCUACUGGAAUGAAACUGUAACAGUCGUAGACGAGUACUGUAAAAAAUACCAAAAGCGAUGUCUUACGAUCGAAUAUGAAAAUCUCCUCGACCAUUCCAACGCGAUCGCUAGAAAAAUUGGGAAAUUCUUGAAAACAGAUCUUGACAAAAGCUGGAAGCCAAAUCCGCUCAAAACUUUUUCUCCCAAAAACCGCGGCGCUUCAAAAGAGCUCAAGAAAGUGCUCCAAACUUAUGGAAAAGAACUGACUAAUCGAGCAUUCUUCCAGCUCGCGAAUUUUGGAUGGGAAGACAAUUUGAAAUACGAGGAAAAUUUUGAAUCAUUCGAGAAGCCGAAUGCUGAAAUGACAAAAAAAGAAAAGGAGAUUGUAAAAGAACUCGUAGAAAAUGUGAAUUUGGAUCGAUAUCAAAAUAUAUUGAAACUGAGUAAUUAUGAAAAACUCAUUCGAUUUUACAGAAAUUUGUAA